AUGGCCGCAAACGGUAUUUUCAAUGUCUCGGUGUUUUUCAUCGUCUUCCGUGAAUGCUUGGAGGCUGUUAUUGUCAUCUCCAUUUUGUUGGCCUUCGUCAAGCAGUCACUUUCUUCGGAUAAGAAUAAGAAAGUGAAAAAGAAGCUUUAUACGCAGAUCUGGGUGGGUUCCCUUGCGGGUAUCUUCCUCUGUCUUUGCGUUGGUGCUGGUUUUAUUGGAGCAUAUUAUUCUCUUGGUAAAAAUCUCUGGGCCAAUUCUGAAGACCUCUGGGAAGGUAUUUUCAGUAUCAUUGCAACCUUCUUGAUUACUAUUAUGGGUGUUGCCAUGUUAAGAAUUAACAAGAUGCAGCAGAAAUGGAGAAUCAAGAUCGCUAGAGCCUUGACUACUCCUCCUGCCGAAAAGUGGGGUCGUUUUAAGAUAAGCUACCUCGCCAAGAAGUACUCCAUGUUCAUUCUUCCCUUCAUUACUACUUUAAGAGAAGGAUUGGAAUGUGUGGUUUUUGUUGGUGGUGUUGGUAUUGGUUCUCCUGCCAAAUCUUUUCCGUUGCCUGUCAUCUGUGGCUUUAUCGCCGGUAUUGCUGUCGGCCUUCUCCUUUACUAUGGAGGAUCCACCUCAUCUUUACAAAUAUUCCUUUGCCUCUCUACCUCUAUUCUUUAUUUGAUUGCUGCUGGUUUGUUUUCCAGAGGUGUUUGGGAUUUCGAGACCAACCGAUUCAACCAUAAAACCGGAGGCGAUGCAUCUGAAAGUGGUUCUGGUCCGGGUUCUUAUGAUAUUUCUACAUCUGUUUGGCACGUCAACUGCUGCAACCCGGAGACUGAUAAUGGUUGGGACGUUUUCAACGCUCUUUUGGGAUGGCAAAAUAGUGCCACUUAUGGCUCUGUCAUUUCCUAUAACGUCUAUUGGUUGUGCUUGAUUGUUUUCUUACUUCUAUUACUAUUCCAAGAAAAGCGUGGUCACUUACCAUUCACUAAAAAUUUGACCUUCACCAAGGUUAAUCCAAUGUACUACAUUAAGCGUGGUGAAAAGGAUGAAUUGAAUGAGGCCGAACAGCAAGAAUUGUUCCGUAAGGCCCAUCAGCAGCUUAAUGACCGUGCAGAUGCUUUAGAGGAGGAAGAUCAACGUAAUGCUACCAAACUUGAUGACUCUGUUGAGCUUGAGGACGUCAUACACACAGAUGUCCCCACUCAAACUGCCAAGAUUGAUGCUUGA